AUGAGUUCAGUUUUCAAUCUGAGCAACCCGAUUUUUCCAACAAUCGAUCAUCGCCACCAUUGUUUUCCCAAUGUGAAGUCCCAAUUUGCAUUUGGUAGAAGCUCGAUUCAUCUCUCUAAUUCUCGUAUAACCGAGGUUCGAGCACAACUAACAGACACUAUACCAGUAGCAGUGAAAUCGAUUAGCAAAGAUGAGGUGAUGAAGGCUGAAAAACAAGUGAUAGUUGGUACAUAUGGCAGAGCUCCUCUAGUGCUUACAAGUGGCAAAGGUUGUAAAUUGUAUGAUAUUGAAGGUCGGGAGUAUCUCGACCUAACCUCAGGUAUCGCUGUUAAUGCUUUGGGCCAUGGAGAUCCCGAUUGGGUCAAAGCUGUCACCGAUCAAGCUAACCUACUUGCCCAUGUUAGCAAUAUCUAUUACUCCCUUCCUCAGGUGAAUCUUGCUGAACGUCUUGUAGCAAGUUCAUUUGCAGAUCGAGUUUUUUUCAGUAAUUCAGGAACAGAAGCAAAUGAAGCUGCCAUAAAAUUUGCAAGAAAGUUUCAAAGAUUUUCACAUCCUAACAAGACAGAUCCAGCUACUGAAUUUAUCUCCUUCAGUAACAGUUUCCAUGGAAGGACAAUUGGUUCGCUUGCUUUGACUAGCAAGGAGCAUUACAGAACACCUUUUGAGCCUGUGAUGCCUGGUGUAACUUUCUUGAACUAUGGAGACAUUAAAGCUGCUCAAGAACUAAUAUCUAGUGGCAAAAUUGCUGCUGUAUUUGUUGAACCUAUUCAAGGGGAAGGUGGAAUUUACAGUGCUACAAAAGAUUUCUUGCAAGCUUUGCGUGUUGCUUGUGACAAAUCUGGAUCUUUACUGGUUUAUGAUGAGGUUCAAUGUGGGUUGGGGCGAACUGGGUAUCUGUGGGCACACGAAGCUUAUGGUGUAACCCCGGAUAUAAUGACUCUUGCAAAACCUCUAGCUGGAGGUUUACCAAUAGGAGCUACACUCGUGACUGAAAAAGUAAAUUCUGCUAUCAACAAUGGGGACCAUGGAAGCACGUUUGCAGGUGGGCCCCUCGUGUGUGCUGCUGCAAUUGCUGUGUUUGAUAAAAUAUCCGACCCGAGGUUUCUGGAGAGUGUUACAAAAAAAGGAAAUUACUUGAAAGAAAUCCUGGAGGAAAAAGUUGGAGGAAACAGUCAUGUGAAAGAGAUACGAGGGUUUGGUCUUAUUGUUGGGAUUGAGUUGGAUGUUUCUGCCUCAAAGCUUGUUGAUGCGUGUCGUGAGUCCGGUCUUUUGAUAUUGACAGCUGGCAAAGGAGACGUUGUUAGACUCGUACCACCGUUGAUAAUCUCUGAGGAUGAACUUGAUCGUGCGGUUGAGAUCAUAUAUGAAUGUCUGCAUGUUCUUGAUGAAAAAGUUUCCAAUUAGGAACGCAAUCGAUUAGUUUUAUUUAUUUUUUUAAUUACAUUAUGAUGGGAUACUUUUGUCAUUUCAAAUGUUUGCUAUGCAAAGUGUUGUAGAGUGGUAUGAUGGU